UUUCAGCAGAAACACAGCAUCAUCAAAAUUCCCCAAUCGCUCCCCACUCGCCGCGCUUAACCCCUUUCUCCCUCCCUGCGACCAAACCCUAACCCUAAUCCCCCCUCAGAUUUUUCCCCAAUCCACCACAAUUUCGUGAUCUCCGCUCCCACCUCGUCGAUUUCUCGGGCAAGAGGCAUGGAUUCGCAGCCCAGCAAUCUGUACGAGACGGCGUCGCAGCCGGACACCGGCAACGACGCCUACACAUUCCUCGAGUUCAACACUCAAGGCGAGGAGGACUUCGAUUACCCCGAAUUCCAAGAGCUAUCGCAGCCUAUUCGAUCAUCCACCGCCGUCUGGCCCACGCCGUCCGAUUCUAUCUCCGCCGCGGAGCUUCCCUCCUCUUCUGAAGCCUCCCACUCCACAGUCAAGCCCCGCGCUGCAAGUGCUGGCGCUCCCAACAAUAAUAGCACUAGUAACAGUAACAGCAAGGAGACCGGCGUGGUGGAGGCGUUGGCCGCGGGGAUGAGCGGUCUAAAUUUUGAAGACACUGGUGGUGACGACGAGUUGUUUGAGUAUGGAAAGGGAGACUUUACUGAGCAUGCUUGCAGGUAUUGCGGGGUCACCAAUCCGGCUUGCGUUGUGCGCUGCAAUGUUCCGUCCUGUAGGAAAUGGUUUUGUAAUUCGCGAGGGAAUACUUCUGGUUCGCACAUUGUCAAUCAUUUGGUCAGAGCAAAACAUAAAGAAGUGUGUCUUCACAAAGACAGCCCGCUGGGGGAAACAAUCCUAGAAUGUUAUAACUGUGGUUGUCGAAAUGUGUUUCUUCUUGGAUUCAUAUCUGCAAAGACAGAAAGUGUUGUUGUUCUGCUUUGUAGGGAGCCCUGUCUUAGUGUUAAUGCGUUAAAGGACAUGAACUGGGACUUGAGUCAAUGGUGCCCACUUAUUGAUGAUAGAUGUUUCUUGCAAUGGUUACUAAAGGUACCAUCUGAACAAGAACAACUGAGGGCUCGACAAAUUAGUGCCCAGCAGAUAAAUAAGAUAGAAGAGCUUUGGAAGACAAAUCCUGAUGCUUCCUUGGAAGAUCUUGAGAAGCCUGGUGUAGAUGAUGAGCCUCAACCUGUGGUUCCGAAGUAUGAAGAUGCUUAUCAGUAUCAAAAUGUUUUCGCACCACUCAUUAAGCUAGAAGCAGAUUAUGAUAAGAUGAUGAAGGAGUCUCAAAGCAAAGACAAUAUAACAAUUCGUUGGGAUAUUGGUCUUAAUAAGAAGCGCAUUGCUUAUUUUGUGUUUCCUAAGGAAGAUAAUGAAAUACGCCUUGUACCUGGUGAUGAACUUCGACUCCGUUAUUCAGGUGAUGCAGCUCACCCCUCAUGGCAAUCUGUGGGUCAUGUGAUAAAAUUGACUGCACAAGAGGAAGUUGCUCUUGAACUUGGUGCUAGUCAGGGUGUUCCUGUUGAUGUCAACCAUGGUUUUAGUGUUGACUUUGUUUGGAAAAGCACAAGUUUUGAUCGGAUGCAGGGAGCUAUGAAAACUUUUGCUGUUGAUGAAACCAGUGUCAGUGGAUAUAUCUAUCAUCAUCUGCUUGGCCAUGAAGUUGAAAUGCAGAUGGUUCGUAAUACGUUGCCUCGAAGAUUUGGUGCGCCUGGACUUCCAGAACUUAAUGCAUCUCAAGUUUUCGCUGUCAAAAGUGUCCUACAGAAGCCUAUAAGUCUCAUCCAAGGUCCACCUGGAACGGGUAAAACUGUGACAUCUGCUGCAAUUGUGUAUCAUAUGGCCAAACAAGGCCAGGGACAGGUUUUGGUCUGUGCUCCUAGUAACGUUGCUGUUGAUCAGCUAGCUGAAAAGAUAAGCGCAACUGGUUUAAAGGUUGUCAGACUUUGUGCAAAGUCAAGGGAAGCUGUUAGUUCUCCUGUUGAGCAUUUGACCUUGCACUAUCAGGUUAGACAUCUGGAUACAUCUGAAAAAAGUGAACUUCACAAGUUACAACAACUGAAAGAUGAACAAGGAGAAUUAUCCAGCAGUGAUGAGAAAAAAUAUAAAGCCCUCAAACGAUCAACUGAGAGGGAGAUAUCUCAGAGUGCUGAUGUUAUCUGCUGUACAUGUGUGGGGGCUGGGGAUCCUCGCUUAGCAAAUUUUAGAUUCCGCCAGGUUCUUAUUGAUGAAUCCACUCAAGCAACAGAACCUGAGUGUCUUAUUCCGUUGGUUCUUGGAGCAAAACAGGUUGUUCUUGUGGGAGAUCACUGCCAGCUUGGUCCUGUUAUUAUGUGCAAGAAAGCUGCACGGGCUGGUCUGGCCCAAUCUCUGUUUGAACGGCUUGUGAUGCUUGGUGUGAAACCAAUUAGAUUGCAGGUUCAAUAUAGGAUGCACCCUGCUCUUUCCGAGUUUCCAUCUAACAGCUUUUAUGAAGGUACCCUUCAAAAUGGAGUUACAAUAAAUGAAAGGCAAUCACCUGGCAUUGAUUUCCCUUGGCCAGUACCAAACCGUCCCAUGUUCUUUUAUGUCCAGAUGGGACAAGAGGAGAUCAGUGCUAGUGGUACAUCAUAUCUUAAUAGGACUGAGGCUGCAAAUGUUGAGAAAAUUGUAACCACAUUUUUGAAGAGCGGUGUUGUUCCUAGUCAGAUUGGUGUUAUAACACCCUAUGAAGGCCAAAGAGCAUAUAUUGUCAAUUACAUGUCGCGAAAUGGUGCUCUGCGUCAGCAACUAUACAAAGAAAUUGAGGUAGCAAGCGUAGACUCAUUCCAGGGUAGGGAAAAAGACUACAUUAUUUUGUCGUGCGUGAGGAGUAAUGAGCAUCAGGGCAUUGGUUUCCUCAAUGAUCCGCGGCGGCUUAAUGUUGCCCUUACACGUGCUCGUUAUGGUAUUGUCAUAUUGGGAAAUCCUAAAGUUCUAAGCAAGCAGCCACUGUGGAAUGGCUUGUUAACACACUAUAAGGAACAUGAGUGCUUGGUUGAAGGACCUUUGAAUAAUUUGAAGCAGAGUAUGGUUCAAUUUCAGAAACCGAAAAAGAUAUACAAUGAACGAAGACUUUUCUAUGGUGGUGGAGCAGGUCUUGUUCCCAAUGAUACUUUUGGAUCUGUUGCCUCCAGCCAAAAUACUGAUAGGAGGGGUCCUCGCUCUAGGGGUCCUUACAUGCCUCCUGCCCCACCCAACGGUACCCAUAAACCCGGUGUUCACCCUUCUGGUUAUGCAAUGCCUCGGGUACCCAUGCCUCCAUACCAUGGAGGACCUCCAUCACAACCAUAUGCCAUCCCUACUCGUAGUGCUGUACAUGGACCUGUUGGAGCUGUUCCUCAAAUUCCACAGCCAGGCAGCCGAGGAUUUGGUGUUGGCCGUGGGAAUUCCAGUGCUCCCAUUGGUAGUCAUCUUUCACACCAGCAAGGUGGACAAGCUCCUAUUGGAAGCCUUGCAUCAAACUUCAAUUUUCCGCCUAUGGAUAAUGCUAGUAGCCAGCCAACUGUAGCUGGACCAUUGUCCCAGCCGGGUUAUGUUUCUAAUGUGACAGGUCAAGGACCAAACCAAACAUACAGGGAUGGAUUUUCCAUGGGUGGCAUGUCUCAAGACUUCUUGAGUGACGAUUUUAAAAGUCAGGGAUCACAUAUCCCUUACAAUGUUGCUGAGUUCUCCACUCAGGCUUCUCAGAGUGGGUAUGCUGUUGACUAUGUUACACAGGGGGGCCAAGGUGGAUUUCCUGGGAGCUUUCUAAACCAGAAUUCUCAAGCUGGAUAUGCUCGUUUUGCCCCAGGGAAUGAUUACAUGUCUCAGGAGUACAUGGCCCAUGGUUCACAAGGAUUAUUUACGCAGGCACAAUUCAGUGAUCAAUCUCAAGAGGAUGCCUCUCAAAACCAUUUUGGCGUGGCCAAUGCCAACCCUCUUCAGUCACAGCUGAAUCCCCUUUAUUCACAACCAUUUGCACACUACAAUUCACAGCCACUAAAUGUACAGAACUCUCAGCCGCAGCCAUCGUCCCAACAGGGUCAAGGAUCCCAGAAUCACAAGCUUCACUACAAUGGUUGAUGGCUGUUUGGAUGUUGGAAUCUUUUGUUUUCGCAUUCAGAUAUCUGGUUUGCGGUGUCGUGUGUGGCUAUAUUAUGUGCCUUAAAGAUGCUUUUAGUGUUUGACGAAGAUGUCAGGUAGAUUGAUGACACAAUCCUUGGAGGAUGAUUCUGAAACAACUGGAUCAGAUUUAGUUUUGACCAUGACCGACUCGAGGUAACCACUGGCCUUCACAACUGGAGCUUAGAAGAAAGGUAACCCCAAUGACCUAGGCAGUAUGGACGCCAGCAGAUAGUCCGGGAAGCAGAAUCAGUGACUUCCAGUAAGUCGCCUCAUCGCACUAAAGCAGCUCCUGCUAUGAUUUUUACAGCACGGCUGAUAAUUAAUUCUCAUCUCAAUCUCUCCCGACAUGUAAUUAGCUAUUAGAUACAUAUAUAAAUGUUGAUGAAUAUUUAAUAUCCUAAGUUUGGGUGGGUGCUGUCCUAUUUGUAGACUUACGUGGUAGAUGAAUUUUACCAUUCAGAUUGGUACCGUGUUCACCAGAAAGUUCCAAAAGUCAGCAAAAUUUAAGAUU